AUGAAAAAUAACACAAUACCAGAUAUGGAGAAAUGCACUACAUGUACUAUCACAAUCCUUUAUCCAUUUGCGGCUCUUGUGUACAUGUACGUACUUCCAUUUUUUCAGCAAAAUGGCAUCUACACUUGUGACGUUUGUCUCCACAAAAUAUUCAAAUACUUUUGCGUAUCAGAAGGAGAAGAAUGCGAUAGCAAUGAACUCAAUAAUAACAGACAACAACUUUUUCGUUUUGCGUUAGUGAACCGUCAUUGGUGUGAUACAGCAAUUCCAUUAUUAUGGAGACGACCGUUUCCCUUGAUCUCAGCAAAUGCCAACGCAGUAUUUAUUUCGACUCUAUUAAAUUGCUUUGAUAAUAAUGAUAAUAACGAACUUGAAGCAAAACCAUUAUUUCAUUAUAAUAUUUUUAUUAAACAAAUUACUUGGCAAAAAUUCAAACGUUAUCACAAUCAACAAGAAUCGCGAAAGAAUGACGCACCGGAAAGUCACUUCAAAACAUUUAAAGCCAUUUGUCAUAAUUUGAUUGAUAGUCCAGUAAAUUUCUUCUUUGAAAUCACAAUCGAUUACAACUAUAAUAUAUUUCAAAUAACAAAUUCUAAAGCAUCAUUAGGGCGUUCUUUAAAAAUCUCUUUGAUUGAUGGUGCGGAACUUCUAAACUCAGCAUCAAAAACAUGCCUUAAUCUUUCCACCCUCGAAAUUAUUGCCUCUUUAUCAUUAAUCUGCCACCGUGGGAUUUAUCCAGAAUAUUGGAUUUUCUACGACUAUCAUGAUAUUGACCAAUUUAUUAAUGAACUUGGUCUUUCAAUUCCAGGAUAUUUGCGAUUUUCUGCGGAUUCUCUCAAUACGUUUUUGCAUGGAGUAAAAGUAAUACACUUUAAAUCCUUAGAAUUUCCACAAUCAUACAUUUCGGAAGAGCAUUUAGAAUUUAUUUUGAAAGCUAUAAAAGAUUCAAACUUGGAUGUUGGAAUACAACAAAUUGAAACGUCUAUGACAAGCAAUUAG